AUGUGGAAAGGAAAGAUCCCAAAGAAACCAACUACGCCCAAGACAACAGGAACCAUACGGUCAAGCCGUGGUGGGUACAGGGGCGUAGACGUGACAAUCAUAACGGUAGAGAUCUACUCAACCGGCCGAAGGGGAAACCACAAUAACCGUGGUCGUGGUUCCAAUUACGGUCGGGGUCGAGGGAGUUAUGGCCGUGGACGAGGUGGCAUAUCCAAACCAUCUACACGUCCAAGUCUUUAUGUCACAGAUGCGGGAUGGACAAUCAUUGGGCCAAGAACUGUAGAACUCCAAAGCACUUGUGCGAACUCUAUCAAGAGAUGGGCGCUAGACACAAGGAUCAGUCUAAAGUCCAAAGGACUCGGUGAUACCAUCACUGAGGGUAAUGAUGAGAAUGAAAAGAAUAGAUACAGGGCCAUAUGUUAUAUGCGCCAUCAUCUCAUCGAAGGUCUUAAGGAUCAGUACAUGACAAUUGAGAGUCCACUCGAUCUUUGGAAUGCUUUAAAGCACAGAUACGAUCACCAAAAGAUGGUGUUGCUUCCAAAGGCAAGACACGACUGGAUGCAUCUCAGGUUCAUGGAUUUUAAGUCCGUGGACGAGUAUAACUCAGCCUUGUUCAAAAUCGUUUCUAUACUAAGGCUAUGUGGUGAAGAAGUGUCCGAUGUGAUGAUGCUUGAAAAGACCUAUACGACUUUCAAUCAAUCGAAUUCUGUGUUGCAGCAGCAUGGAGCAAGGCCGGUCGGGACAGCACCAUUACCCGAAGCCCAUGAUGUGGAAAGGAAAUAUCCCAAAGAAACCAACUACGCCCAAGACAACAGGAAACCAUACGGUCAAGGCCGUGGUGGGUACAGGGGACGUAGACGUGACAAUCAUAACGGUAGAGAUAACUACUCAGCCGGCCGAAGGGGAAACCACCAUAACCGUGGUCGUGGUUCCAAUUACGGUCAGGGCCGAGGGAGUUAUGGCCGUGGACGAGGUGGCAUAUCCAAACCAUCUUACACGUCCAAGUCUUUAUGUCACAGAUGCGGGAUGGACAAUCACUGGGCCAAGAACUGUAGAACUCCAAAGCACUUGUGCGAACUCUAUCAAGAGAGUAUCAAGAACAAGAAUCCGGAGGCAAAUAUGAUCCAAGAGAACGGUCAAGAUGACAAGGGAUAUGAUGCUGACAAUGAAUCCGACAGGGACAGCAAAGAUGACCAAAUGGAUUUUGAGACGUCUGACUGUCUAAAGGACUAG